UUUUUUUUUUGGUAGAGACAGGGUUUCACCAUGUUACCCAGGCUGGUCUUGAACUCCUGAGCUCAAGCAGUCCUCCCACCUCAGCCCCCGAAAGUGAUGGGAUUAUAGGUGUGAGCCACGACGACUAGCCAAUUACUCUAAACCAGCCUUUUUCAACUGGGUUCCUGAUUUGAACCACAAAAUAGAAAAAAUUAGUGACUGUUUUCUCAAUUUUCCCAAGUUUGGUACAUAAAUAGCACUUCCCUAGAUGCCUACGAUAAAAGUUAAUUUAGGCUGGGUGCAGUGGCUGACGCCUGUAAUCCCAGCACUUAGGAAGGCCGAGGCAGGCAGAUCACUUGAGGCCAGGAGUUUGAGACCAGCCUGGGCAACAUGGCGAAACACUGUCUGCUAAAAAUACAAAAAUUAGCCAGAUGUGGUGGCACAUGCUUGUAAUCCCAGUUACUUGAGGGGCUGAGGCAGGAACCGCUCGAACCUGGGAGACGAAGGUUAUAGUGAGUCCAGAUGGCGCCACCGCACUCCAGCCUAAGGCAGACAGCCAGACUCUGUCUCCUACACCUCCACCCCUAGCCAAAAAGUUAAGUUAUUGCCAACAACCAACAAUGGAUGUCUUAAAGCAAUGAUCUCAGUGUUGUUCAUCCAACCAGCAGCAUCAGCAUCCCUUGGGAAGUUUUCUCUAUCCCAGAGCUACUGAAUCAUAAACUCCAGGGUUUGAGUCCUAGCCGACGCCGUCGCUGCGCGCGCGAGGCCGGGAACACACCGCAUGAGCCGCUCCCGCCCCUACCCCUUUACGCCCACGUGGAGCCGGCCCCGCCAGCGCGAGCGCGCCCCAUACACCCUCCCGCGCCCCGCGCCUGCAUGCUGCCCAGGCUCUGCCCGUGUGUGGGGGGCGCUUCCGGCCCCGCGGGGUUGGGGAAAAUAGGGGAUAAAAAAAAAAAAAAACAGCGCGCGGAACCGGGCCAGGGUUGCCCACCCCCACCACAAUGGCCUCUGGGGUGAAGUCCUGCGCUUCCAGCUGCCCGGCCACUAGGCCGCUACGCUACGGAACAUGAACAAGCUCCGGGCAGAGAAGUGGUUCUGCGACGUGACCAUUGUGGCCGACAGCCUCAAGUUUCGAGGCCACAAGGUCAUCUUAGCCGCCUGCUCACCGUUCCUGCGGGACCAGUUCCUGCUUACCCCCAGCUCGGAGCUGCAGGUCUCCCUGAUGCACAGUGCACGCAUCGUGGCCGACCUGCUUCUCUCCUGCUACACGGGCACCCUGGAAUUCGCUGUUAGGGACAUCGUCAACUAUCUUACAGCCACCUCCUACCUGCAGAUGGAGCACGUGGUGGAGAAAUGCCGGAAUGCCCUCAGCCAGUUCACUGAGCCCAAAAUAGGCCUCAAAGAGGAUGGGGUCCGUGAGGCUAGCCUUGUGAGCAGCGUCAGCGCCAACAAGUCCCUCCUCCCUCCAGCCAGGACCCCAAAGCUAGCCCCGAAGCCCCCACCCCCACCUCCUCUAUCCCCUCCACUCCUGCGGCCAGUGAAGCUGGAGUUCCCACUGGAUGAGGACUUGGAGCUGAAAGCCGAGGAAGAGGAUGAGGAUGAGGACGUAUCUGACAUCUGCAUCGUCAAGGUGGAGUCGGCCCUGGACAUCGCACACCGGCUCAAGCCCCCUGGAGGCCUGGGAGGGGGCCUGGGCAUUGGAGGCUCCGUGGGUGGCCACCUUGGGGAGCUGGCCCAGAGCAGCGUGCUCCCCAGCACUGUAGCCCCACCGCAGGGUGUGGUGAAGGCCUGCUAUAGCCUGUCGGAGAACGCAGAAGGGGAGAGCCUGCUGUUGACUCCGGGAGGCCGGGCCAGCGUGGGGGCCACCUCGGGCCUGGUGGAAGCAGCAGCGGUGGCCAUGGUUGCCCGGGGGGCGGGGGGCAGCCAGGGACCCCUGCCUGGGAGCUUCUCAGGUGGAAACCCCUUAAAGAACAUCAAGUGCACCAAGUGCCCGGAAGUGUUCCAGGGCGUGGCGAAGCUGGUCUUCCACAUGCGGCAGCAGCACUUCAUCUUCAUGUGCCCUCGCUGUGGCAAGGAGUUCAACCACAGCAACAACCUCAACCACCACAGGAACGUGCAUCGUGGUGUCAAGUCACACCCGUGCAGCAGGUGCGGCAAGUGCUUCACACAGAAGUCCACCCUGCACGACCACCUCAACCUGCACUCGGGAGCGCAGCCCUACCGCUGCUCCUACUGCGACAUGCGCUUCGCCCACAAGCCUGCCAUUAGGCGGCAUCUCAAGGAGCAACACGGCAAGACCACGGCCGAGAACGUGCUGGAGACCAGUGUGGCCGAGAUUAAUGUCCUCAUCCGCUAGCCGCGCAGGCGUGGAGGCCCGGAGGCUGGGGUCCCUGGGUUGGGUGGGGAAAGGGCUCUUUGGCCCAGGAGAAUUGGGGGGUGGGGGGUCUGGGGCAGAAAGGUAAGAGUGGGAGGCUGAGCAGAUGCACACAUCCUGAGAGAGGGAAGAUGAUUCCUUGGAGAGAAGACUGUUGUUGCUCUUGAGAGUGCUAGAAGCUGGAGCGGGGGACAGGGUUCUUGGAGUAGGCCAGGGGAAUACGGGGUCCCAGAGAAAGAUUUCCUUCUCUUAGAGGCGCAUGUGUAUGUGGAGGGAGGGAAAAGGGUCCUAUAGAACGAGGGAAGACAAAAAUGUUUUAUUCCUGGCUAAGCCUGCCCAGGGGAAGGUUCUGACAUUUCUCGAGAUAAGAAGGGUUGGGGGGGGGGGGUGGGAACAGGGAGGGAAUUUGGCACGAGGACAUGCUCCUGCUUAUAAUAGGCCUGGGGUGAGGGAGUGGUUAAGGGGAAAAGAUUAUUGAGUCCCAGAAAAGGAAGGGGGAGACAGUUCUUGCAUGCUGGCGAAAUGAGACUGCAAGUAUGAGGCUUGCUGAAAUUUGAGGGAGAAAAAUGUAAGACGCCAGGUAAGAGAACAUGGGGUGCACAUCCUGGAUAGAUAUUGGGAAGUGGGGGCACAAUAGCAAGAACAAUGGAUAGUCAUGGGGGUGGGGGGGUAAGGCACUUAGAAAAGAACACAAGAAGGGCUGUUGGGAGGGAGGGAGAGGAGUAGAGACAUACAGUAUUUUUUAAGAAAAAACAUUUUUUAGGAUUUUUUCUGGAGUUUGGGGUUUUAGUUUUUC